CGCGCGUGUCAUGCGCUGCCGAUGAGAUGGCCGGCGCUCGGGCGCGAGUGGCCGCCUACUGCUGGUGGUGGUGGCUGACCACCGCAGCCGCCACCGAGCUAGAUCUGCUGGGCGCACUGUCGCUGCAGAACACGACGCGAGCCGGCGUCAGCGUCGCUCCGGGCAUGCAGCCGCAGCGCAACGCAUACGCACUAGACGGCGAGACCCGGUCACUGCAGGUAGAGAGCGGCGCGUUCGAGCGAGCCGCGGAACUGCUACGGCGGUCUCCGGAGUUCACGGUGCUGGCUGCUCUGCGCCAGGAGCCCGCCAACUCCGGCACCAUCCUGUCCUUCUCGCAUGGCUACAACAGGUACCUGGAGGUGCAGUCGAGCGGGCGGCGCGACGAGGUGCGGCUGCACUACGUGGCGGCGGGAGCGAGCGCGGCGCGCGUGGAGACGUUCCCGUUCCGGCUGGCGGACGGCGCGUGGCACCGCCUGGCGCUGGCCGUGUCGGGCGCGCAGGCCACGCUGCUGGUGGACUGCCACCCGCUGUACCGCCGCCUCAUCCCGCCGCCCGACCGCAACUUCACGCAGCCACAGCUCGCGCUCUGGGUCGGACAGAGGAACAGCAAGCAUUCCCUAUUUAAGGGUACACUUCAAGACGUGAGACUGGUGAGCGGUCCUCACGGAUACUUAACACAAUGCCCGGGACUGGAUUCCGAGUGUCCCACCUGUGGGCAGUUUGCGUUGCUACAAGCAACUGUUCAGGAGCUCACAUCGCAUAUCCAUGACCUUUCACUUAAGUUGAUGGGAACAGAAGCGAGACUGGCGCGAUUGGAACAAUGUGACUGUCAGAAGUCAUGUUAUUCCAAUGGGACAGUCCACGCAGACGGUGCUACAUGGCAAAAGGAUUGUAAUCGAUGCUCCUGCGUGCACGGCGAGAUAACGUGCAGGCCAGUUGAGUGUGAUCGAGCAGAAUGUAAAAACCCAGUACUACAUCCAGGAGAAUGCUGCCCUACUUGUUUAAGGCAUUGUCUGCUGAAAGGGACUUUGUAUGAACAUGGCGACAGAUUCGCGCCGAAAGAGUGUGCGGAGUGCGUGUGCCACGACGGGAACAUGCAGUGCACGCGCGUGGACCCCGAGAUCGCGUGCCCGCCGCUGCCCUGCGACCCACCUGAUCAGUUCACAGUGCCUGGGGAGUGCUGCAAGUUUUGUCCAGGCGUGGACUACUGCAGCAUGGGGCACUCGUGCGACGAGAACGCGACGUGUAUGAACCUCAACACCAAGUACACGUGCACGUGCAACCAGGGCUUCCAGGGCGACGGCCUCACUUGUGAAGACGUGGACGAAUGCCAAGAGGCGGGUGGGCUGCGCGGCCACCACUGCCACUCCAACACGCGCUGCGUCAACGUGGUCGGCAGCUACGUCUGCCAGUGCCUGCCCGGCUACGCCAGGAAGGACAAGUUCAACUGUGUGGAGGUGGACGAGUGCGCGGUGGAGUCGCACGGCUGCCACGCGGCGGCCGAGUGCACCAACACGCCCGGCUCCUACACCUGCCGCUGCCGGGAGGGCUACACCGGCGACGGAUACAACUGUGCCCCGAUCUGCACUGGUGGCUGCUUGAACGGCGGCGUGUGCGCGGCGCCGGAAUCGUGCGCGUGCCCGCGCGGCUUCGGCGGCGCGCGCUGCGAGCGGGACCUCGACGAGUGCGCGCCGCCCGCGCACCCCGCCGCCGCGCCCUGCGUGCCGCGCGCCGCCUGCGUCAACACGCCCGGCAGCUACUACUGCGUGUGCCGCGACGGCUACCGGCGCGACCCGCACUUGGACCACUGCGAAGAUGUUGACGAAUGCGCGGAGGGAUUUCACACGUGCCAUCCAAGCGCACGCUGCGUCAAUACGGAUGGCGGUUUCAGAUGUGAAUGUGAAACGCAACCUUGUGAACUAAGCUGCGCGUGGCAAGGGCAGGUGAUGGCGGACGGCGCGCGCUGGGCCGAGGCGGGCGGCUGCCGCGCGUGCGCGUGCGAAGCCGGCGUGGCGGCGUGCGCGCGCGCGCCUUGCGCUUGCGACGCGCCUGAUAAUCUCACCGCCACGCUACAAAGCACGUCGUCGGUAAUGGCGGUGCCGGCGCCGGCGGCGUGCUGCCCGCACUGCGAGGCGCGCUACCACUGCCGCCACCAGGAGAUGCACCACGUCACCUUCCGCAGCGGCGAGCGCUGGCUCUACCAGUGCCAGAUCUGCGAGUGCCUUCUGGGCGAGGUAGACUGCUGGGAGCCGGAGUGCGAGGAGGCGGGCGCGUGCUGCGACGCGGGCGCGGGGGAGGCGGGCGCGGGGGGCGCGGGGGACGCGGCGUGGCGCGCGCCGCACCGCCUCGAGCUCGCGGGCUGCGCGCCGCCGCACUGCCCCGCCUGCCAGAGCGCGGGCGUGGCGGGCGCGCGCGCUGGCGACGGCGCUGGCGCUGGCGGCGCUGUGGUGGGGCGGCGGGCGCGGCGCGCACCGCAAGCACCGCGGCGCGCGGCCCUAGAGCCGCCCUGA